CUUUUUUUUUCUCUUCUUCUUCUUCUUCUCUUUUUUUAUAAUCUCAUCAGCUUAUAUACGUUUAGAUAUAAAUCUAUUGAUCUAAAAGCGUUUGAAUUUUACUAUCCAAUAUAUUUCUACGUUUCAAAGUUGUUGACGAUUUAUACGAUUUUUAUAUUACAUCUGCUCAAUUAUUUAAUGCAAUAUUUAACAUCGAAAAAUAUGUCUACCAUACCUACCCCUCAAAUUCACAAAAUAAAUACUCCUACGGAUACACCGUGGAGGAAGUCAUCAGCUCCUACUAUGACAGAACAAUAUUUUAAUAAUAUAAUUAAUAGUUCAACUAAUACUCAGUCUGAUUUAAAUGUGAAGAGUACAUGCUUAUCUGAUGAAUCUGCCUCUUCUAAAGCUCGUGUUUGUACCUCUGAUAUGUGUGUGAAAAAAAAUACUGAAGGAAAGCCGCCAUACUCGUAUGCAACAUUGAUAAAAUAUGCCAUUGAGCGUAGUGCAGAUAACAAAUUGACUCUAAGCCAAAUAUACCAAUGGGUUAUUGAUCAUUAUCCAUAUUAUGCGACAGCCGGAUCUGGAUGGAAGAACUCUAUCCGUCAUAAUUUAUCCUUGAAUAAAAGUUUCGUUCGUAUCCCACGUCCAGUUAAUGAACCAGGUAAAGGUUCUUAUUGGACUGUAGACCAGUACGCAGCUGAAACUGAUACAAAAACAAGAUCUUCUCGUAGUCGUUCUAAUAGAUCAAAUAGCGAUACUUGUUUAACUGGUCAACGAAAUGUUAAUAAUUCUUGGUUACUUGGUCGUAAUCCUCGUGAUAAUAGAACACUUUCGAAAGUUAUCCAUAUGGUAAUUAUCGUCGCAAUGUUCGUCAGAAUUAUGGGUAUCAAAACUAUCAAUAUCAGCAACGACUUCCUUCACAUGAAUCUCUCUUGUCUACCAGGCAUAAUUCCUCUGUAACUUAUAGCUUACCUUCUUCAGUUAAUCAAUCUUCUUCAUUCCCACAAAGCAAUUAUGCUAACAUUCAACUUUACCCAUUUCAACAACAGCAACAGCAGCAACAGCAGCAACAACAGCAACAACAGCAACAGCAAUCCUU